AUGGUACGCUCUCUGGAUGAGCUUGAUGGCCCGCUUCGGAGGCAACUUUUUGCAAUCAAUGGUUCCAUUGAAGCACUGAAAAAAUACUGGAUGUCCGAAGGAUGCUCUAUUCUGGCUUAUAUAGAUCUUGGUGAUGAUGGAAGAUGGAUGUUAAACUUGGCAGUUGAUUGUUCUCAUGGUGUGUCAUUCCUUCGUUCCAUCGAACUACCUUCAGGCAGCUACGACCAAGCAUUUGUUUGCCGACUAGUUGAUUCUUGUAUUGAAGAAAUUGGAGAGAAAAUUGUGGUGCAAGUCAUUGGGGACGUUGGUAUAGAGAAGACUGGAGCAAAUCUGCCUCGAAAGAGACCGAACAUAUUUUGGACUCAGUGUGCUGCAAGUUCCAUUGAUUUGAUGCUUGAAGACAUAGGGCAUAUUUGUUUAAUCAAGAAAACAAUCGCUAAAUCAAGAUCACUCACAGCUUUUAUUUAUGCACAGACAAAUUUGCUGGACAUGACCCGCAAGUUCACCAACCAGCAGGAUUUGGUUCAUGUUGGGAUAACCUAUUACACCACUUGCUGCUUGAACUUGAGGAGCCUUUAUGAUAAAAGGAUUGAAUUGAAGACUAUGUUUAUUUCUAAAGAAUGGGAGGACAGCAAGUGGUCAAAGGAAGCAGUGGGCAAGAAAUUCUAUAAUUUAGUAGUGAGCAAUGAGUUUUGGCAUAAUGUGCUAUAUGCUAUAAAUAGUUUUGAACCACUAGUGGAGGUUCUGAGGAGGAUGGGGAGUGGCAGACGCUCUAUGGGAUACAUAUAUGGUGAACUUAUGAACGCUAAAAAGGAAAUUGCCUUUCGCUUUGAAAACAAGGAAGAGCACUAUUUGCCAGUAUGGCACCAUAUAGAUUUUAGAAUAAAUUUGUACAUGAUGAAACCAUUGCACUUAGCUGCUUAUUAUUUGAAUCCUUGGUUCUACUAUCAAAACAGACAUGAAAUUGAAAAUACAGAAAUAUUUAGAGAUGCACUUUUUGAGUGUGCAUGUAAGAUGUACCAAGAUGAGUCUACACAAGAGAAAAUUGUGCAUCAAUUGAAGCUUUACAGCACUGAUUCACAGAGUUUUGGAAUGGUUCAUGCCUUUAGUACUCGGAUGGAUGUUCACCCAGUUUCCUGGUGGCAAUUACAUGAUGGUACAGCAAAGGAGUUGAGUACUAUGGCACUGAGGAUACCAUGGUUAACCUGUGGCUCACUGGCCUACGAGCCAAGUUGGAUUGAAAUGAUCCAUAAAGAAAAGCCAUCUUGGAUUAAAAAAUUUCAAUUUGAGGAUUCAAUGUUUGUGACCGUCAACAGAAGGAUACAAGGGAAAGCUCAAAUGAGAGAUAGAGAUCAUGUACUUGCGUACCUUCACCGUGAUGACGAACCAUUUGAAUGGCUGGUGGGCAUGUUUCCCUAUGAGGCCCAACGACAGGAUAAUUGGGAUUUGCUGAUGGCACGAGCGAGAAGCGGAGAUGGAGUAGGUCUAGCGAAGCUGGCAAAUAAAUUAUUUAUCGAGGCAGAGUAUGUGGCAUCCGAUGAAGAAAGUGAUGAAGAAGCACCAUGUCAGUCUAUCAAAAGGAAGACGUUGUCUGGUGCUUCAUGCUCAAAACGAGAGAAGAGGCCACGGCUGGUCAAAGGUAAUCUGAAAGAUGAUGAGUCCGAGGGAAGUGAUGGAAACAUCAGCUACUAA